UAUUUUUUGUACUAUAUUUUUAAAGAUAUUAUUUAGCAUAUAUUUUUUAGUAUAAUAUAUUAUACUAUACUUUAAAACAGCAAAGAAUAUUAAUUAAUCUAACCUAAAACACUUGUGAACAAUUGCUGAUUAUUGUGAUUAAUUUAAUAAAGAGAUGAAUACAAAUGAAUCAUUGCCUUAAUUUAUAAAUAAAAUUAUUUAUAUUUUAUUUUAGCAUAUUUAUUAAUAAAUUAUUAAAAUAUAUAUUACUGCUUACCUCUGCCGCUGCACUUUCUUCAUCACUAGUAUACUCUACGUCACUCUACGACAUGUACGACUCUACGUUUUUCUCUGCCUUACCCUACGACUACGACUGCGACACCUACGUCUCGCUCUCUGCCUUCGGCCUUAGUCUCAGGAUUCUUGGCGCUCGGUUCUCGGUUUAUCGAAUCGAAUUAGUCCGUCAGGCUCGGGGGCUGGUGGAAACAGAGAGUGGUGAGGCUCAGAAGUACUUCAGGUGCACUCACUUCACUUAAUGUUCGGCACAUUACUGAUUGGAACGAGUUCGUGACUGAGACGCGACACGAGCCGAAGAUUCGGAUAAGAAGUGGUGUCCGCGAUCCUUUGGAUCAUGGUUGUUAUAGAGCGUUUUCCGGGACGAUAGGAUUGGGAUGUAGGCGGUCAAACGAAUUUCUUGGUUUUGGAUUGAUAAGCAUUGUGGGAGUAAGGAUAAGAUUCAGAGGAAAAAGACUAGCAUGCUUUGUGUUACAAAGGGUCCAGGGACAGUGUGGCCGAUAAGCUUGCUCUUUUCUGAUUGGUGCACAAGUCGGGUCGCCAUUUUCUGGUCAGACGUCACUUCCUGUUUAUGAAUAGCUAUAUAUGUCACAUAUAUUGCCGAAACAUCAGUCAUGUGUGAAAGUUAUUGCGCGGUAAAAAAUGUAAAAACGUGCGAUUUCGUGAGUGCAGUUAAGUUUAAAGUGUUUGGUAGUAAAAACUGUGUCGUGCUAUUUUUUGUCUUUCUGGGUCUUUUCUUUUACAUGAGAAAAGUAAAGGCCGAGAAAGACUUCUGUUUCAGAUCUAAUGAAAGCAAACAGAGAUUAAGUAUGAACCAGAAUUGUUCAUAAUUACAAUAUAAGAUCAAUGUAAAUAUUAUGCCAAACUGUGUAGCCAAAGGGUGUAAUAUUAUCAUAACUUGUAUAUGAGCAGUUUCCUAAAAGAUUCUAUACGGAGGGAGAAAUGGCGUAUGAAUUGUAUAAAUCUGAGAGAAAUGAAAGGUUUCACUCCUGGAAACUCAGCAGUGUUAUGCAAAUAUCACUUUGCGGCAGACAUGUGGGAGAAGCUUAGCGCAGAUGGAAAAAAGAAAUUAAAAAAUAACGCUGUACCAACUAUCUUUGGCGAUUUAGUCCAGCAAAUCUCAACAACUUGUAGUGAACCUACAGAAAAUAUUGAUGUAGAAACAAUACUGGUUUAUACGGAUCAAACUACAAAAGAUGUACAGAUUGUAACUCCCCCAGAUAAGGAAAUUGCAGCCGUCUCCGUUAAUAUACUGAAGAGAGUUACGAUGUUUACAAAUGGAUUACAGCAAGAUAAAUAAAGAUGCAGUAAUUAAAUUAAAGAAACUGGAGAAACUUUAUUAAAAAAGUAAAAGUUUGAGGAGCUUGAUGAAACGUAGAUACAAACAAAAACAUAACUAGAUGAGAAAUAAAAUUAAAAAAUUACAAACAACGCAUAAAGAGAAAAAAAGUAUACAGAAAAUUUUUAACGAAAAUCAGCUACAAAUUGUUUAUCAGUGAUAUAAGAAAAUUCCUAUAGUAUGGAAGUGGUGUGACAAUACUCUAGUAAAAGCGUACCAGUUGAAAUUUUCUUGUGGCAUCAUAGGAUAUAAAGAACUAUUUAAAAAAAACCUACCCCCCGUUACCAUCUUUGCGUACAUUGCGAAAAAAAUUAAAAAAUUGGAAAUUUGUUAGCGGUCACUCUGACGAGAUUUUUAAUUUUUUAAGUAUAAAGGCAUCACAAUUUAAAAUUUCAGAUAAAGAUUGCGUUUUAGUUUUGGACGAAAUUAGUAUUACGUCCAAAUUAUGUUACGACAAUUCGACGGGGGUUUUAAUACGUAAUGUAACAUUACCUGAUCAUAACAAAAAUGAAGUAGCUACACAUGUGCUUGUAUUAUGUUAGCAGGAAUAAGUCACCGUUGAAAACAAAUAAUCGAUUUUUAUUAUACCGGUAAAAAUACAGAUGGCACGAAAUAUAAGCCACUAAUAUUAAAUUUUAUUAGAAAAACGUAUGAUAUUGGAUUAGAUGUACACGCUGUUAUUUCUGAUAUGGGCUCUGCGAACCAAGCAAUGUGGCGGUAUUAUUGGUGGAAAAUUUAACAAAACUAUUAAUAAGUACCAACAUCCAGUAAACAGUUUUUUUAAUUUGUUUUUUUUCACGAUGCUUCACACGCUCUCAAAAACCUAAAAGAAGAACUUUUAAAUAAUGUUAUAGUUAAAAUACCUGAAAAAUUCGUUAAAUUAUAUUCUUUACCGAGUAAUGUAAUUCGAAACACAUUGAAUAUUUAUUUGAUAAUUAAAAAGAUUAUGAUUUUCAAUUAACGCCAAAAUUGCGAAACGAAUAUUUCGAACGGAAAAAUCAUUUUCAAAAAAUGAGGGUAAAAAAUGUUACUCAUGUUUUGAGCCACGAAGUUAGUACGGCUUAAAAAUUUUUAGGAAAAGCAAAAGAUAGGCCUGAAUUACAAACGACUUCAUAAUUGAUCAAUUUUCUAAGUGGUUCAAGAUUAUAGCAGCACGAAAUCUGACUUUUGCUUUAAGUAAAAAAAACACUGUUAAAUUUAAUGAAACUUUAGAUUACUUGCGUGAAUUUAUAGAUCUUGUAAGUUUAUUAGAAUUUGGUAACAAAAGAGAAUGGAAGCCUUUUCAAAAAGGAAUAAUAAUUUCAACUUUGUCGUACAUCGAGCUGUCAUUAUUUUUUGUUAAAUGAAAGAAACUAUGGUUUCGUUUUAGGUGGAAGAUUCACACAGAAUUGUUUGGAAAAUUUAUUCUCGGUUCUUAGAAUGAAAAAUAGUAUUUUAAAUGCUGUACAACUGAAAAAUAAUUUAAAAUUAAUUACUAUUUCACACUACAUGAGAUCAAUAUCUACUGGCAGCUACGAUGAAGAUGAUAGAGAGUUCCUACCAGACUUUCUCGCAACUAUCCAGAAUAUUAAAAAACAAGUUCAUCAAACUAAUACAUCUUUAAAUACAGAAGUCGAUUACAAUAUUGAUAUCGUAAAUGAAACCGUCACUCUUAACAACACAGAAGUAAAUUAUUUACAUUAUAUUGCCGGAUAUUUGAUUAGAAGUAUAAGUAAAAAUAAAAAAUGUUGUAAGCAAUGCAUUUUAUCCACCGAUUCCUUGAAGCAAAGUUUAACGAAUUUCAAUAGGCUAACAUCUCUCCGUUAGCAAGCAAAUACGUUAUUUUUUGUAAAUAAUAAAACAUUGAAUUUUUUUAUUCAGAUGAAAAAAAUUUUUAGAUAUACCAUCAAAAAUUUCAAGUCGUUUAAUGACAUAAAUAAAUUUCAAGAUUUGCCCUAUACCUUACCUAGUUGUCACAAUUAAAAAAA